AUGGCACAACCUUCGGUCCUGAGCGAGAAGUUCGACAUCCCCGUGCUGGACUUUUCAGCAUGGAGGUCUGAGAGUAGUACUCCAGAGGACCGUCUCCGGAUUGCCAGAGCAUUGGUGGCCGCCUGCCGACGAGUUGGGUUUGUCUACAUUGUCAACCAUGCUCUUCCCGCCGAACUUCUCGAGGAAGCAUUUGAGUGGACUCGCAAGCUCUUUGCUCUGGACAUGGAAAAGAAGAUGCUGGCGCCGCAUCCGGAUGGAGCGAAAGUGCACCGUGGAUAUUCUUGGCCUGGCCUGGAGAAAGUGUCCCAGACAAUCAGCGAGAAAGAGGACCCUGAACUCGUGAGCCUUCUCAGAAAGACCACUGAUCUUAAGGAGAGCUAUGAGAUCGGGAGCGAGGAAAACACAGGACAACCCAAUGUCUGGCUUCCGGAAGACGUCCUGCCAGGCUUCCGUGCUUUCACCACCAGGUUCUAUUGGGAGUGCUCUGAGGUCGCACGGUCGAUCCUGUCUGCUAUCGCGCUGGGACUGGACCUGGAUGAGGAUUUCUUGCUGAGAUUCCAUUCCGGACACAACAACCAACUGCGCCUCUUGCACUAUCCGCCCGUCAAGGCGGCCUCCUUGGCCAGUGCCGCUGUCGCUAGAAUGCCUGCCCACACAGAUUGGGGCUCGGUGACUUUGCUCUUCCAAGAUGACUGCGGUGGUUUGGAAGUUGAAAAUCCACACAAUCCAGGCCACUUCAUGACUGCCACUCCCAUCAAAAAUGCUAUUGUGAUGAAUGUCGGCGAUUUGCUGAUGCGUUGGUGCAAUGGUAAGAAAGAUCGACUCAAGCGUGAAAAGAUCUUUGACAAAACGAUGAUAGACUACUUGAAAUCGACCCUCCAUCGUGUUACCCUACCACCAGAGCAGGAUCGAUACACGGGCUCCGAGCAACUGACAAGGCGUCGAUAUUCGAUCCCAUAUUUUGUGAGCCCCGACUCAGAUUCCCUGAUCGAAUGUUUACCGGCUUGCACCGAUGCAAGUCACCCUGUCAAAUACGCGCCAGUGAAGCAAGAAGCAUAUCGACUUCUCCGAGCCAAAGCACAGUAUCAGACGAGGGCGGCUGCCGUAACCGCAUAG